AUGAAGAAAAGCAAAAGGAAGUAUCGGGCUUUGGAGGAGGAGAAGAGGAAGAAAAGGGCAGAAGCUGGAUUGGAGGGAGAGGGAGAGAUUCGUGAGGGUGAAGCAGAUGGUAUAGAGGAAGUUGAGGAAGCAGGUAAAAUCAAUGAAAAGGUUAGCGAAGAGGAGAAAUAA